CAAACUCAAACCCUAAACCUAACCCUAAUUCCAGGCCUCCCGAACGAUCUUUCUGGUCUAAUCCUCUCAUUCGUUCCUUACUCUCACCAUGUCCGUCUCAAAUCCAUAUGCAAAUCUUGGAAAAUAUUCUUCUCCUCCAAAACCCUAAUCCAUUUCCGUCUCAAACACCUCCCAAUCUCUCGCCUCUCUCACCUUCUCUGUAUCUUCCCUCAGGACCCUUCAAUCGCUUCCCCUUACCUCUUCGACCCUCGAAACCUCGCUUGGUGUCCUCUCCCUCCCAUGCCCUGCAACCCCCAUGUCUAUGGCCUCUGCAAUUUCACUUCUAUUUCAAUUGGUCCCCAUCUCUAUGUCAUUGGUGGCUCUCUCUUCGACACCCGGUCGUUUCCCAUCGAUCGCCCAUCUUCUUCCUCCUCCACAUUUCGCUUCAAUUUCCUCACUUCAUCGUGGGAUCGUCUCUCCCCCAUGCUUUCGCCUCGCGGGAGCUUUGCCUGUGCGGCAGUGCCGGAUUCCGAUCAAAUUCUUGUUGCCGGUGGUGGGUCCCGACACACCAUGUUUGGGGCUGCUGGGAGUAGGAUGAGUUCAGUGGAGAUGUAUGAUAUUGGUAAAGAUGAGUGGGUUGCCUUGGAUGGGUUGCCGCGGUUUCGAGCUGGGUGCAUUGGAUUUUUCGUUGGGAAUGAGGUGGAGAGAGAAUUCUGGGUGAUGGGUGGGUACGGUGAAUCAAGGACGGUUUCGGGGGUGUUUCCAGUGGAUGAGUAUUACAAGGAUGCUGUAGUGAUGAACUUGAAGAAUGGUGGGAAGUGGCGGGAGCUUGGGGAUAUGUGGGGGGAAGGGGAGAGGAGGCGGCUUGGGAAAAUUGUUGUUGUCGAGAAUGAGGAUUGGGAUGUUCCUGACAUUUUCAUGCUUGAUGGGAGUGAUAUCUUCAGGUAUGACAUGGCUUCUAACUGUUGGUGGAAGGAGACAAGCCUACCAAGAAAAGCCCCUGAUGAAUCAUCGGUUGGUUUUGUUGCAUUGGAUAGGGAAUUGCAUGUUAUGACACUUGUGAAUGCAGUUGAUUUAACAGAGACCAGAAGAUCACGGCAGCAUAAGAAGGCGACAUCACUGUUAAUGCAGAUAUAUCAUCCCAGGAAGAAGACAUGGAGAUCCUUGAUCACAAAGCCACCUCUUCAUCAUCAUUUGGAUUUCAAAACUGCAGUUAUGUGCACCAUCCAGUUGUAGACUUAAAUACUUCCUCUGGUGUGUGUACUGCUGCCAUUCUUACCUAAAUAAGUUCGUUGUUCAUCUGUAAUUUUGUUUCUGCUGUUAUUCUAUUUGUAUAUGUAUGUAUAGCUUGAUGACGAUGAUUGUUUCGAGUAUUGUAAUUGUUUUGAUGACAAUUUAUGUAAAUUACUAGAAAUAAGUCUAAAUUGUAAGUUCAUACUUCUUUCUGUUCA